AUGGCGGAGGCGGGAAAAGAGCUCGCCGGCCUCGGGCUUCCCGGAGGAGGAGCGUCACAGUGGCCUCUGCAGCGGUAUGGCCGCUUCGUGCCCUCAGGCACCGGAGAGCCGCCUGGGCCUGGCACGGAAGCUGGGACAGACUCCUCCUCCACGUGGAAGGUUUUUGAUUCCAAUGAAGAAUCUGGGUAUCUUGUUCUCACCAUAGUUAUAUCAGGUCAUUUCUUCAUUUCCCAAGGACAGACGUUACUGGAAGGGUUUUCACUCAUUGGUAGCAAGAACUGGUUGAAGAUUGUAAGACGCGUGGAUUGUCUAUUGUUUGGAGCAACGAUAAAGGACAAGAGUCGCAUGUUUCGGGUACAGUUUAGCGGAGAGUCAAAGGAGCAGACACUGGAACACUGCUGCAGUUGUGUGCAAAACCUAGCCCAGUACAUAACUGUUCAGGUGCCCGAUGGAAUCAUCCAGGAGCUUCGACCGAGUCCUGGCCCAUUGAGGGCAGGUGAAAGCCAAGGAAAGGACUGUAUGAGGAGUGUCCCACUGCAGCGCGGAUCCCACCAGAACCUGGAACAGCAGGCAUGUGUAAUGGCCGGCACAGGUGCUCCAGAGGGAAGGACCUCAGUGACUCAGUUAGCACAGUCUAUCCUGGCAUCGGAGGAGCUGCCCCUUGUCUAUGAGCAGUCUGCAUGGGGUGCAGAGGAGUUAGGCCCCUUUCUUCGCUUGUGCCUCAUGGAUCAGAAUUUCCCAGCAUUUGUAGAAGAGGUAGAAAAGGAACUUAAAAAGCUGACAGGGUUGAGAAAUUAA